GGUCAGAGGUCAUCAUUCAGAGAAGCCUUGCAGAGGCUGGUGAUGCUGCCUCUGGUGUACAGGAACCAGAGGGUUGGAACCGGAUUGGACCUCAGAACCAUGAAGGUAUAAGCCACCAUCUCCCCAGCCGCUCUGGGCCGCCACCUUCCUCUCCUGUUUCCUCCUCUUCCUCACACGAGGAGACGCGGUCUGACAGGUUUACUCCAGCGGGUCAGAGACGCCCCCCCAGCCCGGAUCGGACCUCUGACUCGUCCUCAGACAGAAACAACAUGGAGGAGAUGAAGAGUUUACUUCCCGUUGCCCCAGACUGGAUGGUUACUGAUGCCAGCUGCCAGGAGAGUUCUGGUUCGGUGCCAGUGGACCCGGAUCAGAUCGAUGUCUAUGCCUCCACUCCGUCCUACGAGAUUCACUUCCUGAACCAGGAAGUCCCAGCCGCUGAGGAAGAGAAGGAGGAAGAGGAGGAGGUGGAGAAGGAGGGCGGGAUCAGGGACAUGGUGUCGGAGCUGCUGGGAGAACUGGCCGAGGCGUCCAUCUGCCGCCUGUACCCACAGCCCUGGAUCCGGCUGAGCCCGGACCAGAACACCGACGCUCUGGCCCAGGGCGCGUCGGAGGUGGACAGGACGAAGGGCGAGGAAGAGGAGCAGAUCCCGGCCCUGGUGUCAGAGCUGCAGCCCUCCAUGGCCCUGCUGGGGGCCUUCCCCUACAGCACGGCGACGCCCCAGGGGCCCUGCGUCUGGGACUGGCACACCACUGGCUCCCAGGCUGAAGCUGCUGCUGCUCCGUGUCUCAACCCUGAAGCUGAAGUAUGGAACGACCCCAACCUGAGCUUCCACAUCCCCGACCCAGACUACCAGCAGCUGCAGCAGCCGUGGCUGCAGCUCCCCGACAACCUGAACCACCAGGAAGGGUUUGUGUCGGAGUUUGAAGGGAACGUGGGCCUGGCGGAGGCCGAGUAUCUGACUCAAACGCCUGAAGCUCUGGCGGUGAACGGAGAGACCUCUGAUCCUCCGGUUACAGAUGAGAUCCGAGAGGAACUGAGCAGAGCUCUAGAGUCCUGCCUGACCAGGGAUUAUCUGAGCAGCGACCUGUACCUGAAGUCCCAGAUGGACAACGACCAGUACGUCUCUAUCGCCACGCUGGCCAGUCUGGACGGCAUCAAGAACCUCACCACAGACCUGGAGCUCAUCUCAGACAUUCUCAAAUCCAUGCCUCUGGUCCAGGUGGCCCCUGCGGGCAGAAGGUCCGCCCCAGACAGAACCGCUGCGUUGUGAUCUUGCGAGAGAUUCCUGACACCACGCCUGCAGAGGAGGUGGAGGCUCUGUUCGAAGGAGAGAACCUGCCCAAAGUCCUGAGCUGUGAGGUCGUCAACAACGACAACUGGUUCCUCACUUUUCAGUCAGAGGCUGACGCUCAGCAG